AUGGCGCCCAACCAUGAGGCGGCCUCAUUCGCACCGAUGAGUGCCUUGCCGCUGCGCAUGCGCAAGAGUCCCGAUACCCCGACUCAGGAGCUCAAUCAUAAGCUCUCUGGGUUCCAGGAAGGCUUUAGUCGGCCAGAUAUGGUCAAGCCAUGCCCUCUCAUGGUUCAAGGCCACAGUCGCCUUCGCUCGCCUACGGAAUCAUCGAUGAAAACUACAAGCAGCUUCACAGACUCGGCGACGACUCUAUCGUUUCCGAACAUGACCAGUCCUGUCAGCUCUGGAUUCGUGACCGAGUCGCCGGAACCUCUCGUGUCACCGCCUAAGCGCAGGAGCAUGCAUCGCCAUAAUCCUUCCAGUGCGACUUGCUCCACACUCGUAAACGAAGAAGACGAAUUCUCCUACAUGCGAUACCCCUAUCCUUAUAACAAGGCGAGCGCGGUCGGUUCAGAACAGUUGGUUCUGGGAGAUAUUGGCGUUUGGGCACGGGACAGAGAAAAGUCAGCACCAAUGGAACAUAGCGACAACGAACCAGUUGAAAUCAUCCCAACACCUGAAACCCCGUUGCCCAUGCGGGACGAUAUAUCAGAGACACAGUCUAUACAAUCAAACGAUUCCGUGGACGAGGACGCAGAGGCAGUCCUGGACUUUGCCCUCCAGCUCUCAUAUGGACUCGAUCUGGCGAGUGCGCCAGCCGGGGCGCAUGAGCUUGCGGGCAAGUUUGUCCGUGACCUUGGCCCCAUGAUUUGGCAGUCAUCGCCUGGAACACAGGCAUCAAACAAUAGGCCCACGUCUACAAACUCAGUUAUCAAUACAGGGACGCCUGCUGGUGACGGCAACUUCCGCGGCAGUGGUAAGCGAAAGAAGCAGGCUGGAGGUGGUGGCAGUGGCGAGCCAGGAGAUGAUGAUGAUGAGUGCAGCGAUGAAGAUGAGAAAGCAGCAGUGCCCGCCAAGAGACAGCGCCCCAGCCCCAAGGAUGAGGAGAACCUGCGAUUGAGCUGCCCCUACAGGAAGAGGAACCCCUCGCGGUUCAAUGUGAGGGACCAUCACUCGUGCGCCAUGACAUAUUUUCCCAAAUUUGCAGAGCUUCGACAACACAUUGUCAAACAGCACAAGAGAGAUGACCCUUCAGCGUUCGUAUGUGGCCGGUGCAACCGUGAUUUUGCGACGCGAAAGGAGCUGCGAGAGCACCAGCGUCUGCCCCGGGACCAAAUGUGCGAGAUUGCCGAUCACGAUGCCGAGUCUGGUAUCGAUGCUUCCACAUCAGUUAAACUCCUAAGCCGCAAGAGAGCUAGCGGGACAUCUGUCGAGGUGCAGUGGAGAGAGGUGUGGAACAUUGUGUUCCCUGACGAUAAUGAUCACGACGUGCCCACACACCACUUCACGCCUAUCAUCGAACAUUUCGAGCUUUCAAAAUCGUACCUAUCAGCCUUUGCCUCCCUCCACUCAUCGCUCAUAGGCAGCAUGUCCAACCCGGCAACUUUGGAGACAUUGGCGACGAAGUUCCACCAAUGCUUCGUGGAGUCGGUAGACCAAUGCGUCUUUGAGGCCCAGAGCAAGCCAUAUGCCAACCGGAGCAGCAAGCGUGCUGGCGAACAGCCGUCAACAGCGAUGAAUUCGCUUCCACGGCAGCGAGUAUCCAAGGAGCUGGCCCCCCGUCCAGAUUCUGGAGUUGUCAUCACCGACGAGCUAUCUGAGGAAAGCGGCAGUGUUGCCGGAAGCAACAGGGGGUCUGCUCAGUCGCUAAACAGGUCUUCAUACCCGAGUCUCGUACCAGUGAUAUCUAUGCCUCCUACCCCCGUAGUGAGGUCGACACCAACUUCUUCAAUGACUGCGAGCACAGGGACCCUAGCCCCAGUCGACGAUGUCCAGGCCUGGGCUGCUUCAGGAUAUGCCUACCCGAUACACGACUUCACUGUCGAUCCCACUACAGACAUGAGGGUGCCACAUGGACAUGAGUGGCCGAGUGAAUUUUAUAACGUGCACCCCAACGCAUCAGGGUUUCCAGGACCUGAUUUCUCCGGAUUUCUUUGA